AUGAAAAUUGCCUUCCGAGAUGUUUUCCCAGAUACCAGACAUCGUUUGUGUAUGUGGCAUAUAAUGAUCAAAGUUUCUGAAAAGGUUGGUACUGAGCUAUCACAAGAUGAGGUUUUUAAAGAAGAUAUAUGUGAUGUUGUAUGGACUGAUGCUCUUGAACCAGCACAGUUUGAGACACAAUGGUGUGAUUUAAUGAUUAAGUACAACCUUACUAGUAACAGCUGGCUGUCUGAUAUGUACAACCUCAGAUCAGAUUGGAUUCCUGCAUACUAUCGUCAUGAACAUAUGUCCGGUCUUAUGCGUACAACAUCUAGGUCUGAGAGUGAAAAUCAUUUUUUUGGUCAAUUAACCAACACAAAAUUGUCAUUAGUUGAGUUUUUGAGCCAUUUUGAUACUGCAAUGGAAUCUCAGAGGUUUAAGCGCAGCAAACGUGAUCAUGAUACCAGAUACACACAACCUCGCAUGAAAACCAAUUAUGAAUUAGAACUGGAAGCUGCAAAGAUUUAUACUCGGGGGAUAUUUUUUGAUGUUCAAGAAGAAAUUCGACUUGCUUGCAAGAAUUGUAUGUGCAGGCGUGAAGAAGAAGUUGGUGAUUCAAUUAAGUUUUAUAUUCUACAGGUCAAUCUUCCUGGCCUUCAUGAGGUUCUUUUUACUCCUAAGGAUAUGGUAAUUAAAUGCAGCUGCAACCGAUAUGAGCAGUAUGGUUUGCUAUGUAGGCAUGCCUUUUGUGUUCUUCGUCUUUGUGGUAUAAAGGAGUUCCCUAAAAAAUAUGUUAUGGGGCGUUGGACAAGAGAUGUUGUUCCAAAAAAGACAAAAGUUUCGAGUUUUGAUCAAAAUGCUGCUGGUAAUCAAGUUGAACGUGCUUCCAGCAUUGUGCGUGAGAUAAUGACUGCAACUGAACAUAUUGUUAACCGUCUUGUUACAAAUAUUGACCUGUUAUCGUUGUAUAGAGACCAAGUGAUCGAGUCGAAGUUGAAGGUUGAUUCUGCUGACCUUCCUGCAGAAUCACUUGACAAGAAUGCAAGAUUAGCUAAUAUUCUUCAUGCUGAUCAGCCAUGUUCAUCGUCUUCUGCUACCAUUCUUCCACCUAGUGGUAUUAGAAACAAGGGGUGUGGUUCAAACAAACGCUUAAAGUCUUUUCGUGAGGUAUCAUCUUCAAGAAUAUCAAAGAAAACUAAAACUAGAGGUUGUUUGAUAUGUGGAGGUCAUGGACAUAAUAGUCGGACUUGUAAGAUGAAGACUACUGUUGUUGAUUCCCAGAAGAGCAGUUAG